AUGAAUUCAAAUGAGACACUAGUAGAAUAAGAAAAAUAGGUUGUUGAAAAUACAGAAAAUAUAGACACUACCAAUACUGAACAAUUACUUGAUUUUACAAAUAUGUUUAAGACUCAAAAAAUUGCAAAACCUAAAUUAUUAAAUAGAUCUUAAUAAUAAUCACAACAAUCAUAAUAAUAAUAAUAAUCAACUUAAACUAAAGAAGAGUAGAAUAAUAAAUCAAUUAUAAAUAAUGUACCAAGAAAUCUCACUAUUACUUAAGAACAAAUGAGUUAAAGAAGAUGUUUAGAUGUUCGUAGAUGGUAUAGUUUAAGUAGACCUUAAUACUAAAGAAGUUGUGGUAUUUCAUCUGUUGUAACUUGUUGGAAUUACUUAUUUUCUACUUUAGGAGUAGGAAAUUUAAAUCCACUUUCAUAAGAAGAUGUAAUUGUCUCUUUGGGGUAAUCAUAAUUACUAUUAUAGUUUGACUACUGAAGUAGGGCCACAUUUUAAUGAUGUAGAAUUUGGAUGUUUUAGUGGAAACAUGUCUUUAAUAUCUUGGUUUAAGAAUUUAUGCAGAUUAUAAAAAGUAUAAGGAAGAGCCUAUUUUUUAUGGAAAAAUGAAGGAGAUUUUUCUACUCCAGGAGUAGAUAGAGAUGUAGCACUCUAAAAAUUAACAUCUGGAUUAAAAACAGAUAAAAUCUCCUUUAUUUAUCAUGCCUACGAUCAUUAUUUCUGUCCUAUUGGAUUUGAAUGCACUCCAAAUAAAUAAGUCGAAGCUUUUGUUGAUGAAAUUGAUUAUAAUGAUUGUCAAUAUUGGAUUAUUAUAGCUGAACCUGCUAAACCUUAUCCAAUGUUUACAGUUAGAAAGUGGGUAGAUAUUGCUUAAGAUUUGGAAUUAAAAUAUCCUUAAUACAUAAAUAUUAGAAAAAUGAAUGAAGGAAUAAAAAAUUAUAAGUAUGAAAAAGGAGUUAGUUAACAUUGUAUUAUGGCAUUUGAAAGAAUAGAUCCAAAACCAAAGAAAGUGAUAGAAAAAAAAGAAAAGACUAUUAUAAAUGAAAAAUAAUAAAUGAUAAAGAAUAAUUAGCUUGAUUAAAAUGUAGAGUAAAUAACUGUAAAUAAUAAUGUUACAGAAAUUCUUGUUAAUGAUGAUUAAUUGAAAUAAAAUGAAUUAUAAUGA